GGCUGCCAAAGGGCCCGCCUCCCUACGCAUAGGCCUCGGUCGGGUUGGGUAAGGGGCUGUGGUGCCGGAGACCUAACGCUUUGGGGAACAUGGCGGCGGACCUCGGUCAGAUUCCUGAUGUGGACAUUGAUUCGGAUGGCGUCUUCAAGUACGUGCUGAUUCGAGUCCACUUAGCAGAGCCUUCCGGGGAUCCGGCAAGGGAGUGCAAGGAAAUCGUGCGUGGCUACAAAUGGGCUGAGUACCACGCCCUAGAGCUCAGUGUGGGGCCAACAAGGGCGACUAGGGCAUAUCCUGAGGCCACUCUCCCCACCCCAGCGGACAUCUAUGACAAAGUGUCGGGCGAGCUGCAAAAGAAUGGCUAUGACUGCGAGUGCCUAGGCGGAGGGCGCAUCUCCCAUCAGAGCCAGGACAGGAAGAUACACGUGUAUGGCUACUCUAUGGGUUAUGGCCGUGCCCAGCAUUCUGUUUCAACGGAGAAGAUCAAAGCCAAGUAUCCGGAUUAUGAGGUCACGUGGGCUGACGAUGGCUACUGAAGCUCUGCACCCCAGCUGCACCCUAGGACUCUGCUCCUGCUGUGCUUUCUCCUGAGGGGCUGUCCUGUCCUUUCCUUUUGUACCUUAGGCAACAUACCGCCUGCCAGACCUUGGAGGCCAAACCAGUCUGGUCCAUAGGAAUUAAAAGUAUUGAUAUGCCAGUG